GUGUUUGCGGUGCGUUCAGGUGGAGCCACAGGUGUGGUGGUGAAAGGACCGGACGAUAAGAACAGUGUUGCCUUCAGGAUGGACGAUAAAGGAGAGGUGAAGUGCAUCAAGUUCUCCAUCGGGAACAAGAUCCUGGCCGUGCAGAGGACCUCCAAAUCUGUGGACUUCAUCAACUUCAUCCCCGACUAUCCACACACCGAGUUCAGCCAGGAGUGUAAG